GCCGCGCUGGAGCUCACAGACGCGGCCGUGGAGCGAGUGAAGGAGCUGCUGCAUAAGCGGAACAAGGAGUUUCUGAAGCUGGGCGUGAAGACGCGGGGCUGCAACGGCAUGGCAUACACGCUCAAUUAUGCAGACAGCAAGGGUCGGUUUGACGAGGUGGUGGAGCAGGAGGGGGUCAAGGUGCUGAUUGACCCUGGGGCGCUCAUGCACGUGCUGGGCACCAAGAUGGACUGGGUGGAGGACAGGCUGAGGUCUGAGUUCAUCUUUGUGAAUCCAAAUGCUAAGGGCACCUGCGGCUGCGGCGAGUCGUUCACGGUU